AUGGACGACUCAAGGUUUAGAGGAUGUGAGCAUGCAGCCAAAACUCACUCCAUCAAGAACAACGGGACUCAGCUUGAGUUGAGGGGAAGACAAGGUUCUCGUUCAGAAAAACAGGAAAUGAACGCAUCACAGAGCGGACACAAUGCAGUAGAGGUGUCAAUUCACAACAGGCUUCAGACGUACCAGCUCAACGCAGCACCGCAGAGCCCUGAGAGCACCGCCCUUCUCAACCACCAGAGGGAGCUCUUCCAGCAGCCUCCAUUGCAAUGCGCCAGCCACACCCCCUUACACUCCUACCAGCCCGUGACCCUGGCCGAGAUACGACCCGACACGCUCAUCCAGUGCCAGCAAAUCGUCAAGGUCAUCGUCUUGGACAAAGGCGGUCAUGGACGCAUGGAGGCGUACCUCAGCCAGAGCCCCACUCAUCACCAGCUCAUCCAGUCUGUCGUCUCCACACCAGUGCGCUCACCCGAUGGCGGAGGCAACCAGGGAGGAAACAACGACGGUUCACAACCGCCCUUGCCUCCACCUCCACCACCGUAUAACCACCCUCACCAGUAUAUACCCCCUGAUCCCCGCCUUGCACUGCAGAGGACCCCAAGUGGCUCUCGUAGCCUGAUGUAGAGUUCAAACCGAUAACUAUAAAACACUCCAGGCGCACUUUUGAGAGUAUUUAUCUGCAUAUGUAUAUAUAUGAAAGAAAUAUAAUGAAAAAAAUGCUAUCUAUAUGCAUAUAUUUAAGGUAAGAGACAUUUAUUGACUUUGCAGAUAUGUGAAACAAUCAAUAAGAAAAUACGAUUUACCUAAUUGCUGUGUAUUUUGAAACGUUAUGUAGUUUUAACAAAUUUCUAUAACAGUUUUCGUCUUUCUGGACACUCUCUGAGGUUAUAUCUUUGAGUACUUGUUCUCAACAGAAUUUGUUAUAGACAAAAUGAUUUCACGAAAAAAUGUGGCACCCGACAACAUUCGUUUCAAUUCCACCGACACUUGCUUUUGUGUGGGAGCUGGUUUUACGUGUAAAGUCACCCUUUUUGGCUUUUAUUAUCCUACUGAUGAGUCUAUUUAGUGUGUGUGUAUGCUUUUGACUGGAAAAUGAUAUUCGUGCCAAAAUGAGGACUCCCUCCACCGUGGACUUUUUGCACUGUUGAACGCUUAGGGCUAGAGCAAACAUUUGUGCUUAUAUCAAUGAUCAUUUAGAUUCUCUCUAGCUACACAGAUUUAAAAAAAAAAAAAAAACUUUUUAAGCAGUACCAUUAGCCACAAACUGUUUCUUCCCCCACUUCUUAUGUGGCCCAUGUUGUAUUCCUGUGAAAUGUGAAUUACUUCCUAAUUAUCACCUGUCUUUGAAAAUGUCUUUUAUGUCAAUCCUUUUAAUGGAAAUACGUAAAUUGAGAAUGUAGAAAGUAUUAAGGCUCUUUCACAUGACUCACGUCAACAUUCCCUGAUGUGUUGGCGCACAGGUCAAAUGGUACAACAUGACUCUCAAAAUUAAGAUGAUUUCAACUUUGACCUCAUUUGCUGCUGAUCUUUUUAAAUAUAACCAGCGAUUACCAGAUAAUUUGCAUGAUUUAUCUUCAUGUGAGCAGUGCCAAUGCAAAAAUGAAAACAGAUGAGAAACAUUGUACAAGACAAUAUCAAAAGGCAUAUCUUGACUUUUUUUUGGUGGGGGGAGGUAUUUAUUUGCAUGUGCUGUCUUUAUUGGUUUAGUACCUUGGCAUAAAUAUUGCCAAAAAAUAGUAUCAAACCCAUUUUUAAUGCCACAAUCCCAGCGGACUUCCACAAUAUGGUAUGCUUCAGGACAUCAUUGCUUUUCCACAGUGAUUCAGUGGACUAAAUUGACUCCAGUUGACUGAUUAAGAAUAAAUGGCCAGUUAUGACACCCCUCACUAAUGGUUUGAUCAUCUUAAUGGCUACAUUAUGGCUUGCUUAAUCUCUAAAAAUGUACAAUUGCAAGCAAAUAGCAUGAACUUUUUGCAAGUUACUCGCAUUCUAUGAAAAGCAUCAAUUGAAUAGAAGUGACGGAAAUAAUUACAUUAAUUUAGAUGCACAUGGCACUAAACCAGCUCAUAUAGAGAGUAUUUAAUCUGGAUUUUGGGUGGUUAGUGAAUGAGACACAGGUUUUUGUGCUGAAAUGUUAGUGAAAUUGCUGAAAUGCCAGCAGUCGUUCUAUGAUGUAGCGGUGCAAACAGUGGGACUUUUAUCCUGUUUAAAGCUCAAAUAUGUGUUACCUCUUCCGUUGGCUUUCACUAAGUUCACUAUUUACUACCUAGCAACCUCGUGAAUUUGCUUUUGUCUUUGAAGGUCAAAGUUCAUAGAGGAUUAGUUGUGUUAAAGCCCUGACAUGAGUCAUGUGAAUGGACCUUUAAUAUGUGGCAACGUAUCAUGGCUCAAUGACGGAAAAAAGAGCCAGUCACAGCCAGUGAAUGGCUAUUGUUCUCACGCUCAGGAAUUUCAGAGAGUACCUGAAAGAAGACUGAGAUCUUUUAAUGCUUGUACUUGAACUUUAUGUAGCAACUUGGAACAUAUAAGGCCCUUGGGAAAAGGCCGUUUGAUCCCAGCAACCAUCUUUGGACACAAUAUGUGUUUGUCUGACUUUCUGUGAAAAGAUGACAGAAUGUUUUAUUACUGUCAUCACAUGACUCAGACAAUGUAACAUGGUCUCAUAGUGUUAUUCCUUCAUCAAUACUCACAACUAUAUAAAACGCCCAAGAGACACCCUUCAGCACCAUCAAACUAUCUCUGCCGUUUGACUCCUAAAACUCUUGUCUGAAGCUUUUCGAGAGCCAAGUGACACUUGAAACAUCAACUGAGAUGCACAUUGUUGGCACAACACACUUUAACCUGAAUGUUUGUCUGGUUUGGUCUGAUUUUAUCAGCUGAAUGGAAAACUGAUCAAUGGUUUAUUUUUGUUUUGCUUGUAUGUAGCUAUCAUAUAUCAGCAUAUAAAGCAGCAAUGAAUUAGCACUGAAAAAUGGUAACUACCCACAAUCCAACCAUUUUUAAUAAUGGUUGUCAUCAACAUAAUUAAAGUCAACAUGAAACAUAAUUCACCACCUAUUUUCCAUCCACAAUAUAAUGUGUUAAGGGUGUGUAAAGUGAAACAUAAUAUUUAAUGAAAAAUCUGGGACUAAAUAUUUGAAAGUGGAUGCCAGGAAUGUGUAUUAAUUUGAUUUCAUGUUGACUUUAAGCUCUAGGAUUUAUCGUAACACCAUUGGCGUGUCAUAAGUAGCUGUGUGUCCUAUUUCCUCUGUUUUCUUAUAUGAUUGUUUCAUAAUUAUAUCGCUGCUGUUCGGAGCUCCCAAUCUGAUCUUUGUUUCAUCUUCUCAUUGUGUCUUUAUUUCCACAUAUGGUGAUGAUUUAGGAUGAUGGACACCAGUUGCUUCAUAUAUAUUGGUGAGAAACUCAACACAGUCGAUCGCACAACCUGGACAUCAACAUAUUUUAUAUCCCUCUCUUCUUAAAAUCUGCUCCAAAAAACCAUGAACUGUCCAGCCUUUCUCAAUUAAUGAAUAUUGAAUCCUUUCGUUUCAAGGGGUCAUAUGAUGUGAUUUCAAUUUUUC